AUGGGGUCUCCCCUGAUGCUGCUGCUGCUGCUGAUCAUGGUCACCAGAGCCAAGGUGUACAGCUGGUGCGAGCUGGCUCACGUGCUCCAGGAAGAGGGGCUGGAUGGCUGGGGCUACAGCGUCGCCAACUGGCUCUGCAUGGCCUUUUACAAGAACACCUUCAACACAGCAGCUUAGAGCAUCAAAGUGGAUGGCAGCACCAACUACGGCAUCUUCCAGAUCAGCAGCUAGCUGUGGUGCACUGACCGCAGCCCCUCGGAUAACUGCCGGAGGAUGGCUUGCAGAGAUCUCCUAUUGAAUAACAUAACUGAUGACAUCAUCUGUGCCAAAAGAAUUGUGAGAAAGCCCCAGGGAAUUAAUGUCUGGGAGGGCUGGGCAAUGCACUGUAAGGGACGAGACCUCUCUGAGUGGGUGGAAGGAUGUGACCUGUGA